GAGAUGUUUAUUUCGUUUCUCUCUCUUAAAUCCAGUUACCUGUUGGUUGCAAAAUCCCUACCCCCUGUCGUCGUCUUCACUGAAGAAAGAAAACCCUACUGGAACACACAAGAUCCGAACCUUAAUCUGGCAAAAGAAAUCACUUCCACAUUAGUUAACGCGCUGGGGUUUUGGAUGAUCGGUUUUGAUAAUUCAAUCAGUUUGCCACAUUUGAUAGUUUCUCAAUGGGAGCGAGUAGAAAGCUUCAAGGUGAGAUCGAUCGGGUUUUGAAGAAAGUCCAGGAAGGCGUCGAUGUUUUCGAUAGUAUUUGGAACAAGGUUUACGAUACUGACAAUGCCAAUCAGAAGGAGAAGUUUGAGGCUGAUUUGAAGAAGGAGAUCAAGAAACUUCAGAGGUACAGAGACCAGAUUAAGACAUGGAUACAGUCCAGCGAGAUCAAGGAUAAGAAGGUUAGUGCCUCUUAUGAGCAGGCUCUGAUGGAUGCUCGCAAGCUUAUUGAAAAAGAAAUGGAACGAUUUAAGAUAUGUGAGAAGGAAACAAAGACAAAAGCAUUCUCUAAGGAAGGUCUGGGACAGCAACCUAAAACGGAUCCGAAGGAGAAAGCCAAGUCGGAGACUAGAGAUUGGUUGAACAAUACGGUGUCUGAGCUGGAAUCUCAAAUUGAUAGUUUUGAAGCUGAGAUGGAGGGGCUAUCUGUUAGAAAAGGGAAAGCAAGGCCACCAAGAUUGACUCAUUUAGAGUCAUCAAUCAACCGGCAUAAGGCUCAUAUAAUGAAGUUAGAGUUGAUAUUGAGAUUGCUGGAUAAUGAUGAGCUGAGUCCUGAGCAAGUCAAUGAUGUUAAGGAUUUCUUGGAUGACUAUGUGGAACGAAAUCAGGAGGAUUUCGAUGAAUUUGACGACGUUGACAUGCUAUACAACACCUUACCUUUGGACAAGGUAGAGUCACUGGAAGAUCUAGUUACCAUUGGUCCACCUGGUCUUGCUAAGGGUGUUGGUGCUAGUGGCGCUGUUCUAAGCAUAAAAUCUGCCUUGUCUACAUCUUCAGCACAGUUACCGGGAGAUUCAGUCCAGGAGCAAGUUGAUGAGACAGCUCCCCAGGACGGUAUUUCAGAGUUUGGGGCAAGGACUCCACCUCCGAAAAGUAGUGCAAUUUCAUCUGCUUCUCCAACAUCAGCAGGAAUCCAUGCAACUCCUGCUGCUACUAGUGUUUCUUCAGUCCUUUCAGGUCCAAGUUCUGUUAAGGGAGUUUUGGACAAUACUGGCUCUUCUGUUCCUUCGUCACCUAUAAGCAGUGCUGCCAAGGAAGAAGAGAUUUCCAGCUUUCCCGGUCGUAAACCAUCUCCAGUGCUUGUCGAAGCAGGAUUAAGGAAUCUUGGUAGAGGUGGUAUGACCAACCAAUCCUCAAUCAGUAUUCCAGUUAGCUCCGGCAGUACUGCUUCUACCAAUGGAUCCCUUGGUGUUGCUCCUUCUGUGUCAGACACAUCUAGGAGAGCUAUGUUAGGAGGUGAUGAGAGACUUGGCAGUAGUGGAAUGGUGCAGCCCCUGGUUUCUUCUUUAAGUAGUAGAAUGAUAUUGUCACAAGGUGCCAAGAUCAGUGAUGCUGUUGGUGCUGGUGACAGUGGCAAUAAUGGUGAGGCUGGAGGUAUGACGGGCAGGGUGUUUCCACCAUCUGGAGUUGCCGGCAUACAAUGGAGGCCUGGAAAUCCGUUUCAAAAUCAGCAUGAAGGGUUUCGCGGAAGAACUGAAAUAGCACCAGACCAAAGGGAGAAAUUUUUGCAGCGAUUCCAACAGGUGCAGCAACAGGGUCAGGGUACCCUCCUUGGCAUGCCUUCCCUUUCGGGGGGGAAUCAUAAGCAGUUCACGGCGCAGCAGAACCCCCUUCUUCAGCAGUUCAACUCUCAAAGUUCAGCAGUAUCGCCUCAUGGUGGGAUGAUUGGAUCACCAGCUGCAGGUCUUAUCACUGCCACCUCCGCACAGCAACAACCAAGUUCAAUCCAUUCACAGUCUGGUCAACACACACUGAUUUCAACUGGUUCGAAAGAUACCGAAGCUGGGCAUGUGAAAGCUGAUGAGCUACAGCAACAUCAAAGUCUAUCUGAUGAUUCUGCCACAAGUUCUGCACUUGAUAAGAAUACUGCCAACGAGGAUGAUUUGAAAGUGUCAUAUGCAUCAGAUACACAGACCGGAGUUUCUGUCUCAGUGACGGAACCUGCACAAGUUACCCGAGAUAUCGAUCUCUCUCCUGGUCAACCUUUACAGUCCAAUCAAUCUGCUAGCCUCGGGGUUAUUGGUCGAAGAAGUGUUUCUGACCUUGGUGCCAUUGGAGAGAGCCUCAGUGGGUCAACUUUGAGCUUGGGAGCCUCUCAUGAUCAGCAACACACCCUGCAAAUGCUUGAAGCUGCCUUUUACAAACUUCCACAACCCAAAGAUUCCGAACGUGCAAAAAGUUACACUGCAAGACACCCUGCUGUGACCCCUCAAAGCUAUCCUCAAGUUCAGGCUCCAGUUGUUAGUAACCCAGCCUUCUGGGAACGUCUUGGAUCUGAUAACAUUGGAACCGAUACUCUGUUUUUUGCGUUUUACUAUCAACAGAACACGUAUCAACAGUAUUUAGCCGCAAAAGAACUGAAGAAGCAAUCAUGGAGAUACCAUAAAAAGUACAACACGUGGUUUCAACGGCAUGAAGAGCCGAAGGUUGCAACGGAUGAUUAUGAACAGGGAACUUAUGUUUACUUUGAUUUUCAUAUGGGCAAUGAUGAGAUGCAACAUGGCUGGUGCCAAAGAAUCAAAUCGGAAUUCAAAUUCGAGUACAAUUUUCUUGAAGAUGAACUGGUUGUGUAAAUAACAAACAGCAAGAAAUUGAGAGUAGCUUCUGGUUCCAUUCUUUCAUAUUGAGGUUUUGUUUCUUUUUCUGUUUUUUUGGUGGGAUUUAUUUCUUGGAUCAGAUGACAUCUUUCAGGAGAUAAAUAAAUAAGUAAAUGAACAUACAUACAUACAUA